CGACCAGCGUCCAGGCGCUGCAGAGAGCGAGCUAGCAUCGAGAGCUGGAGUUAGCUUAGCUGCUCGUUUGGAAGGAAUAACGUGUGAUACUACACGGAGCUGACAGAGACUAGUGGAGGUAACACACCGUGUCCUGGUGGAGUGUGUGUCCGAGUGAUGGGACGUGUAGACACAACAAAGACACACUUGUGUAGUUCACAAUCUGUGUGUGAGGUGAGAAGCAGUUAGCUGGAAAACACUGAAGAAGAGCAGCUUCCACUGUGGAGUUGUUUUUGAACUUACAUCGGUUGAAGCAGUAAACAACACACCUACUCGGGUUUCACUCCUCCGUCAGAUGGCGUUCUGCCUGGCUGAGCUGCACUUGUGGUCCACCAAGAGCACACUCCAAGUUAAAGAUACAGAUAUUGGCACCUAUCAGUACCACGAUAAAGGAGAGCCAGCCGUUUCCCUGGAGCAUCACUACUACAAUGAGAAACUCCAAUUCUGUGAAGCUCGAGGCUACUCGUGGACCCCCAGGAACCACCGACCAGAGAAGCUACGUGAUUCGUUGAAGGAGUUGGAGGAGCUGCUGCAGACCAACACCUGUGUUCACACCAGAUGGCGAAACAAGAACUGCUGCCAGUUGAUGCUGCGUAGUGGAGUGCUGGUGACUCUGAACCUAAAUGGACCUCAACUUAAACAAGUGUGCAUAGACCGCACAUUGGUGGGCAGACUACCAGCCAACACAAUCACUGAUGCGGUGCUCUGUGAUAGGCUGAUCCUGCUGUCCUUCCUGGACCACAACCAAGUGGCUGCAGUUUACCUCAACAAGAAGAACCAGGACGUCUCAGACAGCAGCAGGAGGACAGACAAACUGUCCCCCUCUGACAUCAAGGUGGUGUCUGUGGAGGUGGGCUCACGCGGCUGCAGGCUUCACAGACGCGUGGCGCUCAACCGUCUCCAGGACGUGGCGCUCUGCUGGUGGAACCUGGACGAGGCCGGCGAGGAGCUGUGGCCCUGGAGUCCCACCGACACACACAGGAACAACCUGGUGCUCCUCAGCUGCUCCUCCACUGAAGGGCUCAAGGUCCUCAGCUCCGUGCGGACGGAGGGAAACCCCCUGGACUGUGUCUUCAGUCUGCUCCAGCCCUACCAGCUGCUCACGGUAGAGCUGCCCUCACGACCCCGGGGGGCAGAAGAGGGGUCCUGGGCUGACACCUGUGUGUACGAGUGUGCACGAGGCCGCCUGCACCGCCUGGCCGUCACCCGCGUCCCGCUGCCGUCCCUGCCAAUCACCUGUUCACGCCACCCGAUGGAAACCAUGCUGCUCCUGGGCCUGAGUGACUCCUCCCUGGUCCUGUACGACCAGCGCCGGGGGGGCUCUCUCCUGGCCUCCUGCCCUGUGCCGCCUCACCUCCUGGCCUGGCACCCUGCCGGAGCUGUGGUCCUGGUGGGGGGGGGCCAGGGAGAGCUGGUGUGCUUCGACGCCGGCUUGGCCCCUGUGAACAUGGCGCUGGUGGCGGAGGAGGCGGCUGCAGCCGCGACGCUCAGACUCCCUCAGCACCUGCGCUGCUCGGGGGGGCUGGGGGGGCUGCGGUGGGCCACGGGCCCGGACGGAGGCCCGGAGGGGACAGACACACUGAUGCUGCUGUUUCACGAGGGACCACUGGCCGUCCUGAGAUUCAGACUCGGGGCUCUGACCGGGGGCCAGAUGGGACCAGGGGAGCUGCUGCAGCAGCGGCUGCUCUGCGGGCAGGUCACAGAGGCCCUGGGGAUCCUGGAGUCCAUGGACUGGAGCAUCAUGGGAGACCAGUGCUACCGAGGCCUGAGCUCCGUCACCAACUACCUGCUGAGGCUGGAGCUGAACGCAGAGAGAGAGGCUCAACUGGAAGCAGCUCUGGGCGUGUUCUAUUCUCCGCCUGCUCCUCUCUCUGAUACGCUGAUACUGGAUUACCGGGAGCCAAUCAGCAAGUACGCCCGGCGCUUCUUUCACCACCUCCUCAGACACCAGCGCUUGGAGAAGGCCUUCCUUCUCGCUGUGGACCUGGAGGACAGAGAUCUGUUCAUGGACCUCCAUUAUGUCGCCGGUGAUAAGGGCGAGCUGGUGCUAGCGGACGUGGCCAAGAGGAAAGCUAAUGAAAUCCAGGCCCAGGCCGACGCAGGCGGCGAAGAUGUGUUGGGUUCGAGCCUCGGUGACCGACAGACGGAUCGGAACCAAAGUGCAACAGGUCCUUCGUACUCAGGGACUCCCACAACACAUGUUGAUGGACGAUUCGGUCCCAGGAGACCAGAAGCAGAGAGUCCACACGUGACUGUGAGUCCAGACGUGUUCAGGACACUGACACAACCAGGAAGCUUCAACAGAGACGAGGAAGAAGAAGAAGACGAGCCCGGGACGCUGCACGUGGUUCAUCUAGGAACCGUUUGAAAACCAAUAUUUACGAUUCAAGAGGAACUUCAUUAAGCUGAGUGGGAAACUGAAGAAACACAACAACACCUCCUCAAUAACACACUCUUUUGUGUAUAUAUAUAUAUAUGUUUUAUAUGCAAACUAGUUUCCCACUUAUGUAAUGUGUGUACAGACGAGUGUGUAACUGAUGAGCGUAGAAUAAUACAUGAGUGAAGCAGAAGCCUUUAUUUCCCUUACAGCCGUCAUCCUGAGUGUGUUACAUGUCAAACACACACAAUGGAUCCAGGUUAUUUUCUGUCUCGGUGAAAAAAAGCAAAGUGUUCGACUGAUUUCCUCCUUUUUAAAAACAUGACAAAAAAUGUGUUCAACCUUGUCAUUAAUCAGCCUGGAAAAUAAAGACUUCUAUUAUACUUCCCUCA